AACGUACAGUAAUAUCAACACAAGAUUCUGAAGCUAAUUUUCUCCAUACAUUAAAAUACAAAUAUACCAACAUACUCUUCGAGGACCUAAAGAUAUCAUCACAAUCAAGAUGGUGAGUUUAUUUUUGUUAUCUUUUGAUCGAAAAGGUUCAUGAAUCCUAUGCGCCAUUGGCGCAAUACAUGUUGUCUUAUACAAUUGGGAAUAUUCCCUCCCCCACCAACAUUCGAGAAUUCAAGAAACGUAUUUUUACAUUCAAGCAAUCGACGCUAACCUCCAUUCUUUACACAGUCUGACGUAGAAGAGCCAACCUCCCCAAUUGUCGCCGAGGCCGAUGAGGUCGAAGUUUCUGGAGAUGCAUCCAAGGGACAAAUGUCCGUUAUCGACGCAUUGAAGGGUGUCCUCAAACUCGCACUUAUGCACGAUGGUCUCGCCAGAGGUCUCCGUGAAGCCUCCAAGGCUCUCGACCGUCGCCAAGCACACAUGUGUGUUCUCAACGAGGCUUGCGAGGAGGAGGCAUACAAGAAGUUGGUCGUUGCUCUUUGCUCCGAGCACAAGAUCCCCUUGAUCAAGGUUCCAGACGGAAAGCAAUUGGGCGAGUGGGCUGGUUUGUGUAAGUCUUAGACGUAACACCACUACCAUGGGAUAUCACUGACGAUUUUUUUUUUAGGUGUUUUGGACCGUGAGGGUAACGCACGCAAAGUUGUCAACUGCUCAUGCGUUGUUGUCAAGGAUUGGGGUGAGGAGUCCCAAGAGCGCACCAUGCUCCUCAACUACUUCCAGACCGAGCAAUAAAUACGCUACGGAGAUGGAGUUUUCAGAGCGGAUAGACAUUGUAUUAAUCGGAUUUACACACACAUAGCGUGGAUUACUCGUGACAAUGACAUUGGCUAUGGAGCAACAAAAUCUU